AUGACGGACGAUGGAGGGACAAUAGAGGUAGAAAGUCUGGUGCCUUCGCGGCUGGGUACGCAGGCCUACUGGGACGACAACUACGGCCGAGAGCUCUCGAACUUCUGCGAGGCUGGCGACGAGGGUGAGGUCUGGUUUGGGGAGGCCAGCUCGGACGAGAUCCUGGACUGGAUUGCACGCUACUUGCCCUCGCCGAUGACCCCGACAAAGCUCAGUUUCUCCACCGGAACGGAUGAAGACGGUCAGCUACCAGGCCCACUGGGUAAUGGUCGGACAGACUCCCAGAUCCUCGACGUCGGAUGCGGUAACGGACAGCUCCUCUUCCUCCUCGCCCAGGGCGGUUACUCGGUCGAUUGUCUGACGGGGGUCGACUAUUCGGCUAGCUCGAUCGAACUCACCUCCCAGAUCGCCCGCGCUAAGGGCAUCCAAGGUCUCCGUCUUGAGGUCCGCGAUGUCCUCAGAGACACUAUCGAGCCGCCCCAUCGCACUAGAAUAUCCGGCUCAAAGGGUUGGGACUUGAUCACCGAUAAAGGCACUUUCGAUGCCAUCUGUUUAUCUGAGGAGACAAUUGACGGGAAAAAACUAGAAACGAUUUAUCCAGAAAAGAUAUUCGACUUGCUGGUCAAACCAGGGGGGAUUUUCCUAAUCACUUCAUGCAAUUGGACCGAAGAAGAGCUCAUCAAGAAAUUCGUCUCUCCCAACAUCGGAUUCAAGUUUCACUCCAAAAUCCCGCGUGCCUGUUUCUCCUUCGGAGGUUCGAAGGGCUCGACCAUCACGACGAUAGCCUUCCAGACGUGCUCAUGA